GAGUUAUUUUAGACUGCAGACACAAAGACGUGAAGACGUCACUCCAUGUAUUCAAUAGCAGUAACUGUAGGAGCAGCUGCAUUGCUGUUUCUUCUCUUGGUGUUAGUCUGUCUUCUUGUAAGGCAAUGCACUUUACAAAGUAAUGAAGAUGUCAAAAGAAGUGGUCAAUCUAAAGCCACUAUAUCUAAACCUCUGCAUUGCCUCUCCCUGCUUUUCCCUCGUUCCCUUGCUAACUCACUCCCUGGACCUACACCUCUUCCCUUUCUGGGAAACAUGUUUGAGCUUAGCCAGGAUCAUUUGCCCAUAUACCUGACUAGACUUGCUCGUCAAUAUGGGAAUAUCUACCGUCUCAGCUGUGGAAGCACCACUAUGGUGUUUCUAAACAGUAGUGAAUUAAUUCGUGAGGCUCUGGUCAAAAAAUGGUCAGACUUUGCAGGAAGGCCACAUUCAUACACAGCUGAUAAAGUGUCAGGUGGGGGCUUCUCCAUCUCUCUGGGGGAUUACAGCGAGGAGUGGAAGUCCCACAGACGCAUGGCCCACGGUGCUUUGCAGCGUUGUGUUGCUGAGUCUCUUCACUGUCUGAUAGAAAAGCAAAUGUUGAACCUCAGACAGGUUUUACUGGACUAUAAUAGCAAACCUGUGGACCUGUCUGAAGACUUCACUGUAGCAACCAGCAAUAUCAUUACAAUGCUGGCGUUUGGAAAAUCAUAUGAGAAGAGCUCAGUACAUCUUCAGGAGAUGCACAGCUGCCUGAAUAGGAUCGUGUCUCUGUGGGGAUCACCAUGUAUCUCAGCUCUGGAUUCAUUCCCUCUGCUCAGAAAGUUGCCAAAUGCUCCCUUUACUCGUUUAAUGAGAGAGGUAGCUAAAAGAGAUGAGCUCAUUGGAGGCCACUUAGAUGAGCUUAAGCGAAAGAAAGAUAGUAAAGACUUUGCUGCACCCCUUCUUCAGUUCCUUCAAUCACCAGAAGGAAGAGAACCCAAGAUGACUUUGACAGACAGCCAUAUACAUAUGACUACAGUGGAUUUGCUCAUAGGGGGAACAGAGACGACUGCUGCCUGGCUCAACUGGACCAUUGCUUUCCUCUUACACAGGCCAGAGGUACAGACUAAAGUGUACGAGGAGCUUAACAGCGUACUGAAGGGUCAGUAUCCUCGCUACAGCGACAGACAUAGGCUGCCCUAUCUGUGUGCAGUAAUUAAUGAGGUGUUGAGACUGAGACCUGUGGCUCCACUUGCUGUACCUCACAGAGCCAUAAGGGACAGCAGCAUUGCAGGAUAUUUUAUCCCCAAAAACACCAUUGUUAUUCCCAAUUUAUUCGGAGCUCAUCAUGAUCCGGAGGUUUGGCCUGACCCAUACAACUUCAAACCAGAGCGCUUUUUGGAGGGAGACGGGCGAUGUCUUCGGGCUCUAAUGCCGUUUGGUGGGGGUGCUCGGCUAUGCCUCGGGGAGUCCGUAGCUAAAAUGGAGAUGUUUCUCUUUACUGGUUAUCUGCUACGGGACUUUCAGUUUCUUCCUGCCAGCACUGAGGAGCCCCUGCCUGACCUGCGUGGUGUGGCCAGCGUGGUCCUAAAAGCCAAGCCCUACAAAGUUAUAGCCUGUCCUAGAGCUUAAUAUAUUACUGUAGUCAAUCAUUUUUUUUGAAAGGAUUUGUGUAGCUCAAAUAAGCUUAUAAUGUAGGAUAGAAUGUGUUUGUGAUUAUUGCAUUAACUUUUUCAAACAGAUCUAAUGCUUUCUUUUUUCUUGAUAAAUCACAUUCUUCAAGGGACGUGCAUGACAUGAUUUUCUGCUAAAACCUGUGUUGUUAGUGUUUGUGUAAAUAGUUUGUGUUAAUCUUGUAUUUUCUCUUAUACAAGAAAACUUUAGAGCCAGUGCGAAAUGGUAGUGUAUACAACAUGUUACUCAGCAAUAUGUAAAGAAUGACAGAGGCAUAUCCAAUGUUCAAAUAAAGAUUCUGUCUAUACACUUGAAA